CUUGUGAACUGUGAUUCAAGCUCGCAGAUAACACGAAGUGGUGCCCAGGGUUAUUCCUCGCACAAUUGAUUUGCUUGCGCCUAUCUUUCAGUCGCCCUUUUCCUUCGUCAGGCCUGUCGGUGCGCCGAUAACGAUGCAGUCGCUAGCUUCUCGACAGUGCGCCCAUGCGCGGCCUCUUUCGCGCGGCGCUUGGCCCGCGCAGCAUGGUCGGGUUCGUCGGGUUCGUUGCCGCGCCGAGCUUGAGGAAAUCGACCCCAUCACAGGGCAACCUAUUAGCAAGCUGGCUCCGACUUCUUCGGUCGCCGGCAACACUGCUAAGGCGGGCGGCCUGAACUGGGCCUACCGCGAGGCCCAGCCCGACCCCAGCAAGGCCAGUGCCGACAAGCCCGACGUGCUACUGCUGCACGGCCUGGGCUCCAGCAGUUACUGCUACCGCAACACCAUGGGCCUCAUCGGCGGCGAGGGCUAUCGCUGCAUUGCGCCCGACUGGCCCGGACACGGUGACACCGACAAGCCCGGCAGCUUCGGGUACAGUGAGGAGGCCUACAUCUCCGGGCUGGGCCAGUUCGUGGACGCAGUGGGCAUCAAGAAGCCCUUCGCCCUGGUGGUGCACGGCUUCGUCCUGAGCCAGUACGCCAUGCUGUAUGCCCAGGAGAACCCCAACCAGAUUGCCCGGCUGCUGAUUCUGAACAGCCCUCUGGCGCUCAACGCCAAGCUGCGGCCCGAGCUGGCGGCCUACAAGGCGCCACUGCCCUUCAUGCGUCCCGGCAACAAGCCGUUUGACUUCAUGGUAUACAACAUGACCGGCUCUCCCUACGCCAUGAAAGAGAAGGACGCGAUGGUUUACGCCCGCCCCACCUCGGACCCCGCCGCUACCUCCGCCAUCGCCAAGACAAUGGACCAGGUGGACUUCCCCAAGCUGCUGCGCAAGGUGGAUGACGGCUUCCGCAGCUGGCGCAAGCCCACCGUGUGCCUGUUCGGCAGCAGUGACCCGUUCGUGGAUGCAGCGUCCGUGUUCGAGUUCCUGGAGAGCAAGCGCACCAACAUGAAGGCGCUCACAGUGGCUGCCAAGCUCGGCCACAUGCCGCAAGAGGACUUCCCCGAGUCCAUGCACGAGUCGGUGAUGAAGUGGCUGAGCGGCGAGACGGACGCGGACGGCCCCAUCAAACAGAAGGCGCUCAAGAUGACGAAGUACGGCGUGGUGGAGUCCAAGGACUGAGCGGCAGGCGGAGCACGAGCAGGGGCAGGCGUAGGGGCAGGAGCAAGAGCAGGGGCAGCUGCAGGAGCAGAGGCAGGGGUAGGGGCAGGAGCUCGUUUGAAUGCAAUCAGGGCAUGUUAAUGGAUGCAAAGGGGCAGCAUAGAGAACAACAGGGCGCACUUGCGUGUGUGUGGACUCGGAGGAGAUGGUGCUGAAAGGCAAUCCUGAAAGGAUGGUAAUGAUUAGGGGCAGGCGGCUGCAAAGUCAUAGGGGAGGGGCCUGUGUGGCUCAGAUGAGUCACACCAACAAAUGAAGCCCCGGGAGAGCAUGGUGAGGAAACAAAGCAUGUACAACGUAAGGGUAGCUUUGACAUGUGUUCGACUGGCAGCUGCAACGGCUUCUGCUGU